AUGUAUAAAAAAGGUAGUUUUAUUGAUCUUACUCCUAUUCCUUAAAGAAAAUAAACACAUUUAAUCAAAAACAAAUCUUUCUGUCCUUCCUUAUUUCUAAAUCAAAUUGAUAGUUAACCUAAAAAAAUAGAAGAUGAACACCAAGAAAAAAUCUUAGUAUUGGAAAUUCCUGAAGAUAUUAUACUUCCAAAAACUGUUAGGAGGAGAUGUGCUAUUGGAAAUGGAUUGUCAUCUUAGAAAAUUGAUUAAAUCUUACCUAUCAUUCCUAGUCUUUCAUUGCAUGUAAACUUACAUUAAAGGAAUAUGGAAGAUCUCUAUUAACUUUAAGAAAUAUAAACAUAAAGAUAAUACAUAGAAAUGGAAAACAUAAACAAAAAGAUUAAAUCCAUCAUCAAUAGUAAUAAAAAGUAAGUUUCUUUUUAACCUACACAUGUUAUUAUUGAUGAAUUUGACAAUUAUUAAGUUGUAAAUGAACAAUCAACCUAAAGACAUCAUGUUCCUAAAAGAAGAACUCAUCUUAAAUAGUUGACAACAGAAAUAUGA